AUCUAGUGUGAAUCAAACACAGCCGUUUCAAUGUUUCAUAACACGUUAGAUAUCCAUCAAAACAAUUUUGGAAAGGCUUUCGAACAUCAGCAAUAGGCGAAAUAACUAAACCAAUCCUAAGCUUUAAAAAUGCUGGCGAAGUCGUUAAUGAAAAGCACAAUGAGAAGUACCCGUUUAUUCCAUACAAGUGCACACCUUACAUAUCCAUUAGUACCCAUCGUGAUAGAACAAACAGGACGAGGAGAACGAGCUUAUGACAUUUAUUCUAGGUUGCUGAAGGAACGAAUCAUCUGUGUCAUGGGACCAAUUACAGAUGAUUUGUCCAGUCUGGUUGUUGCCCAGUUACUAUUUCUUCAGUCAGAGAGCAACAAGAAGCCAGUUCACAUGUACAUAAAUAGUCCAGGAGGUUCGGUCACAGCAGGAUUGGGUAUUUACGACACAAUGCAGUAUGUUCUACCACCAAUUGCCACAUGGUGUGUUGGGCAAGCAUGUAGUAUGGCCAGCCUUCUAUUAGCAUCAGGGUCCCCAGGAAUGAGAUAUUCUCUGCCAAAUUCUCGGAUCAUGAUACAUCAACCAUCUGGCGGUGUUCAGGGUCAAGCAACAGAUAUUCAAAUUCAAGCUGAAGAAAUUAUGAAACUGAAAAGACAGAUCAACCAAUUGUAUUUAAAACAUACUGGUUUGCAGUUGUCAGUAAUCGAGAGCAGUAUGGAGCGUGACAAGUUCAUGUCCCCAGUAGAGGCUAAAGAGUUCGGAUUGAUUGAUAAAAUCUUGGAACAUCCGCCGAAACAUGAGAACCUAACUGCAAGUAAUAAGGAUGAAAAGAAAACUGAAACGAAGGUGUGAACGAGCUAGUUGUUACUGAAGGAUAUUCUUCUGGCAGAACAUGUUAAUACAUGUAUUUAGAAAUGGG